AUGUUCGGUUCGACGUCACAAAGAAAUGAUGAUGGUUUGCGGGCGUCUUACAAUAUCUCGUUACUUAUAGCAAAAUCCGGAAAACCGCAUACUAUCGGAGAGAAGUUAAUUUUGCCAGCCAAACCUGCAUCUGAUAUCAUUAAAAGAAUCCCCUUAAGCAACAAUACUGUUGAAAGACGUAUUGAUGAAAUGAGUUCUGAUAUUGAAAGCUUCUUAUGUAAUUAUUUGAAGGGUACAGGUCCAAAAGGGGGCAAGUCGUAA